UGUAUAUUGUGUUGUGAGUUCAUACAACGUGAUUCUUGCUUUUUGUAGAAACUUGGAUACUGCUUUUUGUAGAAACUUCAUAUAAUUAAAUAAUAAUGGAUUUCGAUUUAUCAUCAAUUGCUCCAAAAUCUGCUGUAGACAAUCAAUUCGAUAUUCACGAUGACAAUUAUGGUAUACCUAAUCCGAUGAUUUCUGGGUUAUCAGCUACUAGACAACACAUCGGCUAUGCACACCAAUUAGAACCACAUGAAAAAAAUUAUGAGAAAAAUAAUAUUCGUAUGAACAUGAUAUUAUUAAGAAACACGCAAGGAUUACAUGCUCCAAUGCGUUUAGCAAUGGAAUUAAAAGCUGCUGAAAAAAUUGGAAGACUUCCAUUUCUUCCAUCAUCAAACAUGAUGAAGCAAGUAUUACUUGGAAAAGAUGAGGAAAUAGGGUUUGAAGAUAUAUUCAAUAUACCUGAAUUUAAAGAACAAAUGGGUCAACCACAUGCAAUUGUUGAAAGAAGUCUUGGAAUAUUAUAAAAAUUUAAAUUUCUG